AUGGCGGAGGAGGAGGAGGUGUUAGUGGAGAGAAACGGUGGUGGAGAAGAUCGGAGCGAAACGAGCGAUUACACGUCGGAGGACGAAGGGACGGAGGACUACAGGCGCGGAGGCUACCACGCUGUACGAAUAGGCGAUACAUUCAAACACGGCCGAUAUGUUGUUCAGAGCAAGCUAGGCUGGGGCCAUUUCUCCACCGUCUGGCUCGCUUGGGACACUCAAAAAUCUAGUUAUGUUGCACUAAAAGUUCAAAAGAGUGCACAGCACUACACGGAAGCAGCAAUGGACGAGAUUACUAUAUUAAAACAGAUUGCCGAGGGAGAUCCAGAAGACAAGAAAUGUGUUGUGAAGCUUUUGGAUCACUUUAAGCAUUCCGGACCAAAUGGGCAGCAUGUUUGUAUGGUUUUUGAGUACUUGGGUGACAAUCUUUUGACCCUAAUUAAGUAUUCAGAAUAUAGAGGAUUGCCUCUUCCCAUGGUUAAAGAAAUUUGCUUCCAUAUUUUAGUGGGGUUGGAUUAUUUGCAUCGACAGCUUUCAAUUAUACACACAGAUUUGAAGCCAGAGAACGUAUUGCUUCUUUCGAUGAUCGAUCCAGUUAAAGAUCCAAGGAAGUCAGGUGCACCUCUUAUUCUCCCUUUGAGUAAAAGCAAGGUCGUGCCUGAGUCUGGAUCUUCCAAAAAUCUCAAGAGUUCAAAUGCCGACUUGACCAAGAAUCAGAAAAAGAAAAUUCAGAGAAAGGCUAAGCGAGCAGCUGAGAGGUGCGUGGAGAAGGGAGGGGAAGCCGAGCUAGAUACUGAGGCGAGUGGUCCUGAAGAUUCUCAUCAUGAUUCCAAAUCCAAGGGCAAGUCCGCUGACGAACCAACAAAUUCUUCAGCUGCAGAAGAUGAAUUGGACAACUCUGAUGGUGCAAAGGAUGCAGGCAAAGGGAUUAAAGUGCAUAAAAGAGGCAGCCGUUUAACAAGGCAAAAGCUCUUGGCUGAAGUUGACCUAAAGUGCAAAUUGGUUGAUUUUGGAAAUGCUUGUUGGACAUAUAAACAAUUCACAACUGACAUUCAGACAAGGCAGUACAGGUGUCCUGAGGUUAUCCUAGGAUCUAAGUACUCUACAUCAGCUGAUCUAUGGUCAUUUGCAUGCAUUUGCUUUGAGCUAGCCACGGGCGAUGUUCUUUUCGAUCCUCACAGCAGCGACGACUGUGAUCGUGAUGAGGAUCAUUUGGCCCUAAUGAUGGAGCUUCUCGGGAUGAUGCCACGUAAGAUCGCCUUAGGUGGGCGCUACUCACGGGAAUUCUUUAAUAGAUACGGAGAUUUAAGACAUAUCCAUCGAUUACGAUUUUGGCCUCUCAAUAAGGUGCUCAAGGAAAAAUAUGAGUUCAGUGAGCAAGAUGCAAAAGAGCUGGCUGACUUCCUUCUUCAGAUACUUGAUUUUGUUCCCGAAAAAAGGCCGACAGCAGCACAAUGUCUUAACCAUCCAUGGAUCAGCACAGGCCCUUGGCGACUCACCCCUUCUCUGUCUCAAGAAAAUGGUGACUCAGACAAGAAGAGAGAGAAGGAUGAGAGGGAGGCAAUGGAGGUCAGAGUGGGAAACAUGGCUAUCGACGGACAAUCAAAACCAGUCAAAGAUUCUUAA